UUUUGUUUUCCAAGAUGGCGGUAAAUGUUGAAAUUGUCAACCGGGCAUGGAAUGUUGUAUGCGAGUCUCUUACACCAGGAAAGACACCAAGAUCGCUCAGCAACACUGAAGUAGAAUUCCAAAAUGCAGUUCAAGUUUUAAUCCAAAACACUUUAGGUCAUAUUAUUGAAGAGUGGUUUUUAGAAAAUCUGCAGCAAUAUCUACGCCUACAAGUAGCUGCCAAGUUUUGGAGCUAUUUUGAGCCAUCCACCAGCAAUGAAUAUGUCGCUGUGGAUCGUACAGAACAACUAUCACAAGCUGUGGAAUAUCUCCACACUGUUGUGUCGGACUAUGUCCCGUGCUUCAAUAAACUGGAGUCUGUCAGCCAGCUGAGUCAGUACCGUAAACCGUCACUUCUGAUGCAUGCUGGUUCAUUGUCCAGUACAUUCAUAUUGUUGAUAAAGGCAGUCGUGUUUAACCUGAUCCCACGCUCAUUCAAGGACGCAGUGGAUGCGUUCUACUCCGAGGCAUUCAAGGCCUUCCACCACAGCAGUUCAGAAGAAGAACAAGAAGGUGACGAUGAAGAGGAGUUGACAGGUUGUAAAGGGUGUGGCCAGGGAAUGGACAUAUGUCGAUGUCAGGACAUCAUGGUCAGAUUUCACAAGCUAAAUGCCAAGCUAGAUGAUGUUGGGAUACUGGAGCGUGUGUCGGGGUCAGCUGUCACGGCCAUUGUCCAUGAGAGAAUCAAACAGCACGUGGAGAGUACCUGUAAAGGAAACUUUGAAACAUCUUAUCUGGAUAAUCUGCAAAGUUGGUUGGAGACAAAAGUGCUAGGCUGGUUACAUCUUGUGUAUUCUGAUGAAAGACGCCACACCACUGCUGACUGUAUUUCUGGAUUUAAAGGCAGACUUCUCCACUUCUUGUUUGAGACAUAUGCCAAAACACAGAUAGAUCAACUCUUCAACAUCAUCAUAGAAUACCCGGAGUCAGAACCUGCUAUAUUAGAUCUGAAAGUGUGUCUAGAGAAGACAGAUCAGCGCCCACACCUGGUUACCUCUCUGAAGUCAGCCCUAGAGACAAGACUCCUGCAUCCAGGUGUGAACACCUCGGAUAUUCUUACUGCAUAUAUAGCUGCUAUCCGUGCUCUCAGAGUGCUCGAUCCCGCAGGGGUCAUUCUAGAACUCGUCUGUGAUCCUGUCAGAAAAUAUCUAAGGUCCCGAGAUGACACUGUGCGCUGUAUUGUCUCCAACCUGACAGAUGAUGGGAGCAAUGAGUUAUUAGAUGAACUAAUUAAGGGUCAGCCCCUCCUCCUAGAUGAGGGCUGUCAUAGUGAUGACGAGGAUGAUGACUGGGAGAAAUGGAUUCCAGACCCGGUGGAUGCUGACCCUUCCACGACAUCUAAGAGCAGGCGAGCCUCUGACAUCAUCAGUAUGCUGGUGAAUAUAUAUGGCAGCAAGGAACUUUUCGUGAACGAGUACCGAACUCUGCUUGCGGACCGCAUCCUCACCCAGUUUAAUUACGACAUUGAGAAGGAGAUCCGAUACCUUGAGCUGCUCAAACUGCGGUUUGGUGAGGCACAGCUCCACUACUGCGAGGUCAUGCUGAAGGACGUGGCCAACUCUAAACGUCUCAAUUCUCGAGUGGUGGAAGAGAGGUCAAAGGGCACACCACAGGAGAUUGAAGUGAAUGCUAUGAUCCUGUCGGCGCAGUUCUGGCCAGCGUUCCGGGAGGAGAAAAUUGCCCUGCCAGAUAUAAUGCAGAACUCACUGGAGUGUUAUACUAAAGUAUAUGAGACACUGAAAGGCAAUCGCACACUCAACUGGAAACCUCAUCUUGGUUUGGUCAACGUGGACAUAGAACUCAAAGACCGGACCUUGACCUUCAACGUGUCACCUGUUCAUGCUGCCAUCAUAAUGCAGUUUGAAAAUCAAGCACGGUGGACCAUAGAGGAGCUUAGUAAUGUUCUACAGAUGCCUGCCACAGCACUACGGAGGAAGAUUGCAUACUGGCAGACACAGGGACUGCUCAAAGAGGAGACUACAGACACUUUCAUCCUCAUAGAGGAACACAAAGGGCGUACACACGACGUCAUCAUCACCGACGAUGACGAGACAGAGUCGGCUAUGGCGUCUGCCCAUGCCCAAAGGGAAGAAGAGCUACAGGUUUUCUGGUCCUACAUUGUGGGCAUGCUGACCAACCUUGAGAGCUUGCCAUUGGAGAGGAUACACAGCAUGCUGCGUAUGUUUGCCAUGCAGGGACCGUCUGCCUUGGAAUGUAGUGUGCCUGAGCUCAAGGAAUUCCUCGACAGAAAAGUUAAGGAACAAAAACUUAUAUAUUCUGCAGGGGUGUACAGACUCCCAAAACCUAGCUGAGCAUGACAUGCCGAUUCACUCGUAUCCUGAUGAAGAGUCUUGUCCACCCCAGCAAUGGACAACCGUAUAUUACACUAGGCUGUGUGUACUGACUGACCCAGCCCUGCUGUGUGUUAUUAACAAAAGACUUGACCAACACAGCAGUGGACAACACAGAAUCAGAAUCAGAAUAGCAAACUCCAUCGCCAGCAAUUGACAACAUAUUACACUUGUUGGUGUGUGCACAGACUGACUCAACCUAGCGGUGGACAACAUAUUAUUAAACUGCUCUGUGUACAGACUGACUGGCCCAAUCCAGCAGUGUACAGACUGCAGAAAGUGCCAGACGAUGUUCAGCCCAUUAGUGAGGAUAAUGACCAACUUGUGUAUUCAUCCUAUAACAGAAACUUGCCAAUUUCAAUGUGUAGAUGAUGAUAUCAGUGACAACUGAGAUAAGAUAUUGAGAAUCUUGUAACUCAGUUACGUGUUGAUCUAGACAAACCAGACUCAUUGAGGAUGUGUCGUGACCAUGCAUGAGGGAUUGUCUAAUGUGUGUUGUCAUUUCUGGAGUACUGCGCCAACUAACAAUUAUAAAUGCCAUAAGUGUUUGUGGCUGCAUAGUAUACAAUAAUUGUUAGAAGUUUUACAGGAAGCCAGUUUUUAAUCUCAUCCUUGGAAAACAUUAACAUGCAUUCAGUCUCAUUAAGUAAUAUAUAACAUAUUCACUUAUUCCCCCUAUGAAAGUGGGUGGUUUAAGUGAAAGAUGGAAAAUCUAACACCAAGGAACAAAAUAAAAGUUUCUGCUAUUU